AUGGCCGUUUCCGCAUUCCGCUUGCUCUCCACUUUGAUUUGUCUCGCAUCAUCUCACGUUUUCUCGUAUGUUCUUAGUUGAUUUCCUUUGCUUUCAUUGAUGAUAAUUCAUUUUUUAAUGAUUAUGGUUUUGUUUAAUUUUGAAAAGAAGUGAAAUUUUUGGGUCACACUUUAAGUUGACCAAAACGACCAAAAAUCUAGUUUUUUCUAUACAAUCACAGUUUUUAUAAAAUAAAGCUUUAGAAAACCUUUGGAAUUUUGAUCAUUCUGUUUUUUGAACCUAGUCACCAUUUUCCCAUGAUUUUCAUGUCUUCCGUUAUUCUCACUUUUUUCCUGCACGCCCACUCAGAAUUCUUGAGUUAUCGACUUUCAAAUAGGUUUCUUCGAUCCGAAAUCUCAGGUUCUCGGUUCUUCUGCAAGUGAUGAUCGUUUUAUUACUAAAAAGUUGCGACUUUUCUUCCUUAAUUUUUACCUGUUUAUUUACUCAAGACUUCCCGCUCUGAUUCAACCUGUUUUUUUUUUUCGUAGAGAGUUUUUUUUUGCUUAUUUUCAAUCAUCUUCCCGAGUUUUCAGUAAGAAAGAAGCAUUCUUCAUGAUGUGGACCCCUGCAGCCGUUUUGGGCGUUUUUGCCGCCAGUGUUGCUCAGGUUUACUCAGGUUCGCAAGGCUAAAGUUUGUUCAUGAAGACGUUAGAGUGUUUGAAGGCACAGGAAGAGAUUUUAGGAAGUUUUAAAUGGUGCAUUGACUGAUUCAAAAAAACAGACAUAAAGAGCCGCUCUCAGCGCUAAUUAUUACUUUUUUAUUUUCUAGACUCCACAACGACGUAUUUUGAACAUGAUUUCGCACCGGGACCUUUCAUAGAUCCUACCUGCGUCUUCCUAUAAAGUUUUUGUGAAUGAACUAGAACUAAACUUGCAGUGGAACAAGAUUACGCCGUCCAAACUGGUCAUAUUUCUAUGAACGACUCAGAAAUUACAUUGCUCAUCAAUUCCACCUAUGAAAUAAUCGAGGACUAUGAUAUUAGUCUGGUAAUUUUGCAUGUCUAAACAUUUGACAAGAUGAAAAUUUCAGACUAGCAAUGAAACGGAGAUCUUGGAGCUGAGGGAAAAACUGCCGAGUUCAACAACAACCUCGACGGCUACGACGACAAUCGAAGCGCCUUCGACGACGAAAAAGCCGAUUCGGAUGCAUAAGUGAGAAGAAAUGCAGGAAAAUCGAAACUUCUUAAUCUUCGAGGGUGAAGUCUUGAAAAAAGAAAUCUUCAAAAAAAUGAACAGAUAAACAAGUGCCCCAUUUUUCGAACUUUUCUUUUUUUCAAGCAACUCAAAACGUCAUUCUUCCAGAAUCCGUCGGCCUGUCGUCGACGCCCCGACCUCCACGACCACCGCGACUUCAACGACGGCGAAUCCUUGCCGGAAGUACAGCGAGGCGGAAAAAUACAAGAUUCUAGAGGGCCACGGCGGCCGCAAUCAGAUGUACAUGGCGGCGUCGGUCGACGAGGCCGCCCGAAAUUUCGCCGAAAGUGUCGUUGUCCCGACGAUGGCCACGGCGCCGAUCACCUUGCCUUUCUCCGACCAUGUCUCUAAGGUCUGCGUUUUCGAGGCUUUUCUGGCUUGUUCCAUGGACAAGAUAAAGCAUGUUCGGAAAAAAAAAACAAAUCAGUUCAGCCCGUCCGGUUUGGAAUACUGUAGGUUCAAAUUGUGCAUACACCGAUCGCGUUUUCUUCAUCAAAAGCAUGUUUUUUGUAAGAAAAGUAUGUAAGCUUGAAGAAAAACACAAUUAGAACACUAAAAAAUACGAAUUUAGUUUGGAAAACUAAGUUUUUGAAAACGCCAGCAAGUCUUAAAAAAUGGCCUAAUUUGAGAAAUCCGUUUUUUUGUAAUUAUAAGUCUUAUUUUCUGUAUUUUUUUUUCAUUUAAUAAUGUCGAAAACAGCCUUUUUCAUAUUAUUAAAUAAAAAUAUUGGUCCAAAAUUGUCUAGUGUGGUCGGCGAGGACGGCGCAGUGCGAACCGGGCGGGUCCCUGUAGGUCUGAACUGGUGUGAAAUUGCUCCAAAACAAAAGUUAGUACUGUUUCAGAGCAUAUUUCUGCUGUUCAUAGGAAUUUUCCAUUUUCGAUCUUCAGAAGGCUUCCUCGAACUGUGAUCCGCGUUGUGAACUGAUCAAAUCGGUCCUAGAGGAUGAAAUUUCGAGAAGAAACGGUUCGACUUGGAUGGCGGCCAGGAUGUAUGCCGACGCGCUGAAUUACUCGGAAACCGAGGAUUCUAAGAUCAAGUCUUGCUUCUUGGGUAUCUGAUAAUAUUUACAAAAAUCCAUAUAUUUGCUUUCGAAUUUUCAGGGGAUUUCAUCCCAGUCGGAUCUUGCUCAGAACUCGGCGAAUCCGUGUCAGGAACACAUGAAUCCCUUUGCUCUGGUGAUUAUUUAACACUUUUUUAAAGAUUUUUGAAGUUGGGUUGGAAUGAAAAUCUCAAAAUGAAUACUCAGACUGCCAUGGACUCUACAUGAUGAGCUCCAACUGCUUCCCGCGAUUUUUCAACGCCAUCAAGUGCAACGCCCAGGAAAUGGCCUGCAUUUUUGACACUUUUUCGGAUAAAGGUCCAGUCUCAAUAUUCUUUUUCGAAGUUUUGAAUGACAUGCUUUGGAAAAUAUCUGUCGAAAUUGAUCUAAUAAUUUUUCAAUUUCAUUGCUGCGUUGACUUCAUUAGGUUCACCUUUUUCGACAAUUUUUUGUCAGAUUCUCGUCCAAGAAGACCUUGAUCCACUAACAUUUUGGAAAAUUUCGAUUUUUUCAGCCCACGGCCAGUGCAACAUGCAAACGCUCUCCUUCAAAGUCCUGCAAAAUGUUGGAGAUGAGAAAUGCGAAGAAUGGUCAAUUCAACAAAUCGAGGUACUUUUCCCAAUCGAUAUAUAAUAAAAUACAAAUUUUCAAAAUUUCAGCUCCCAGUCGCCUGCCAAUGCUCAUUGAGCCGCAACUCUUGGCUCCGGUCCAAACCGCCAAAACCGUUUUGA